AUGCAACUUUAAGGGUUCAAGUUUCUUUCCAAGAUUAAGUGUGGACAUAAUGCACAUGGUAAAAUAUUAUCUGUUUAAAUUAAACAGAACACGUUUUUUAGAUGUACAAGCCUUGUCUAGGGAUCUUCUGGGAGGUACUGCAGUCUAAUUAGUCUAAAAAAAAUUGGAGAGGACAUGGCAGCUGCUACAGAAACAUUUCAUGUGAAGAUAGUAUUGCUGGGAGGACGGUGGGCAGGGAAGAGUUCAUCUGGAAACACUAUUCUGAACAAGGAGGUGUUCGGCAUUGGGGCCCAAACAGAAGCAUGUGUCAUGGAAACUAACAAAAUUGCAGGUACUCAAGUCACUGUGGUGGACACACCAAGCUGGAACUGGGUUCCUGCAGAGGACACAUCUGAUGAACUUAAGCAGGAACUCAAAAGAAGUGUUGAGAUGCUUGGAGACGGACCCCAUGCAUUUCUACUGGUUUAUCCUUUAGGCGCCCCAUUUGUGAAAAGGCACAAGAUAGCUGUGCAGGAGCAUUUAGAGCUUUUGGGUUCAGAUGUUUGGGACCACACCAUGGUCUUGUUUUCUAGAGGAGAUUGGUUGGGGAAGAAGACUAUUGAAGAACAUGUAGAGGGAGUAAAAGAAGAUCUUAAAUGGUUGGUGGAACAGUGCAAGGACAGAUAUCAUGUUCUUAACAAUAAGGUCAGAAGUAAUGAAAUGCAAGUCAUUGAACUACUGGAGAAGAUUAAACGGAUGAUACAAAAGAAAAGAAAGUGGAGCAAGACUGAACCACCUGAAACAGAAAAAAGACAGACAGACAGACAGACAGACAGACAUCUUCUUUUCCUUCUGGGUGGCAGAGGGUGCUGGUCAUUGGGCAGGAUACACCUUGGACAAGUCUCUAGUCCAUCGCAGGGCACAGAAAGAAACAUCGUCGUUAAUUUAUCCUUAAAUAAAUUAUUUCAAAGUCAAAUCUCCUUUGUUUUUUGUUCUAUUACAGAACAUUUAUCUGUACAUACUGUUUAGCUGAUGAUCAAAUACUGAUAUACCCACAUGUCAAACAAAAACAAAAAUCUUCACAAGACUGUAUUGACUAUCAAUACUCCUUUGAAUUUCUGUAGCUUGCUCAUGUGCAAUUCAGCGAAAUAUUUUCACCGAUAAAAAUAAUGAUCAGCCCAAUUCAGUAUUCCUUCAGAACCCUCACCAUUCAUGAUGCUGUGUUGGUUUGGUCCAUUGGGUUCCCCACCUUUCUAGAAACCACCCACAAAGUAUCUGCUGUGUUUUAGCAGAGCAGCGUGGAGUAGAAGUUUGUUCAGGCCUGAAUUUUUGGCCUAAACCCCCAACACUCUGCUUGAGACUGAUGAAGAAAUUUACUUAAAUAAAAAAAUUGACUUUUUUCAGUCUGAGAUCAAACUAAUUCACCAAAAGAUGAAUUUCCUAUAACCCUUUUUAAUCAUCUUUACCAGGGGUGCCAUUAAUUUUGCAGGGGACUGUAAACUCUGGCAUAUGUGCUCAGACUCUGGCUUGAGUACCUACUCAGCUCAAGUAGCAUUAGAAAUACCUGUCUGGGCAUGCCUUAAACUUCCGUAUUUGGAAACUUUCUUGCUUUCACUUUCUUACUUUUCGCUGCUCCACAGUGUAUUUGCAACAUACAGUACAUUAAAACAUCAGAACAUCAUAUUCUGCCCAAAAUCAAGUGUGUGGUGUUUAUUAAAGCAUUAUUUUUUUGUGGAAGGACUCUGAGGUUGGUCAGAACAUAUGGCAGCUGCUACAGAAGCUGAUCAUGUGAAGAUAGUAUUGCUGGGAGGACGGUGGGCAGGGAAGAGUUCAUCUGGAAACACCAUUCUGAACAAGGAGGUGUUCGGCAUUGGGGCCCAAACAGAAGCAUGUGUCAUGGAAACUAACAAAAUUGCAGGUACUCAAGUCACUGUGGUGGACACACCAAGCUGGAACUGGGUUCCUGCAGAGGACACAUCUGAUGAACUUAAGCAGGAACUCAAAAGAAGUGUUGAGAUGCUUGGAGACGGACCCCAUGCAUUUCUACUGGUUUAUCCUUUAGGCGCCCCAUUUGUGAAAAGACACAAGAUAGCUGUGCAGGAGCAUUUAGAGCUUUUGGGUUCAGAUGUUUGGGACCACACCAUGGUCUUGUUUUCCAGAGGAGAUUGGUUGGGGAAGAAGACUAUUGAAGAACAUGUAGAGGGAGUAAAAGAAGAACUCAAAUGGUUGGUGGAACAGUGCAAGGACAGAUAUCAUGUUCUUAACAAUAAGGUCAGGACAAAUGAAAUGCAAGUCAUAGAAUUGCUGGAGAAGAUUAAACGCAUGAUUUAUGCAAAAAGGAAGUCAAGCAAGACUGAACCACCUGAAAUGGGAGGAGAAACAUCUGCUGCUUCAGAGCUUGGAGAACCUUCAACAAAAAGACCAAAGCCCACUUGAAUUUUUGUCAUGUUUAUUUGCACAUAAUUUUUGUUUAUGUCAGACCACUGGGCUCAUGUUGCUGGGGGACAGAUAGGUUACUGGAAAAUGGGAAUGACUCUGUACUUGUUUAUUCAGAUUAUUAUUAGGAUUUGGGUUGUUUAAUGAUUCUUCUUUGAUGGAUACCUACCUACCUAACUAACUAACUAACUAAACUAACUAACCAACCAACUAAAUAAAUAAGUACAUAAAUAACUAAUAAUUAUAAUACUAAUAGCCAAACAAUUACCAAAGCCUAACAAGAUUUUGUUACAUGCCAUAUGCUGAUUUUAUUUUAUCCAAAUACUUUUAGUCCUUUAUGUCUCAAUCUAGGGUCUUUAUGUUUCUUAAAAGUGUAUUUUCAUUUUUAAAAGUUUAAUCUAAUGUAAUACAGUACUGUUGGAAGCAAUACUGCGUAUUUGCAGGUAAAAUUAAUUUUUUGGUAUUAAGGAUUUGUGCUUGUAGAUAAAGUUGGCUGUGUGUUUUAGUAUACAGUAUUAAAUACAAAACAAUGCUGAGUGUUGAAUAUACAGUAUUGCUAAGUAAAGAACACAUGUUGAAGUGUGAUGACCAUCUGUGGCUGUAGGGUUACAUAGUAUAAAGUUUUUUUAUCAUUAAAGUUUUGUUUACCAGACUGUACACCGUGACUUGGAGUUUUGAAACUUGCAUAAAUGUUAUUGUUUUUGUGAGCAGGACACGGAUUACUAAACUGAAAUUAAAGGUGCAUUAUGUCUGUA